AUGCACGCGUGGGCGUGCUGGCUGGCGCUGGCGCUGGCGGCGGCGGGCGCGCGCGAGCUGGACCCGGCCGCGUGUUCCGCUCGCUUCGACGUGCAGCGGGACAAGAUCAUCCGCACCGAGGAGUCCCGCGAGAUGGGCGCGCGCUACCUGGCCGAGCUGGACGUGGGCUCGCGCGCUGAGUGCCUGCGCCUCUGCUGCGAGACAGACGCCUGCGACGUCUUUGUCUUUGAGGAGAAGAGUCCAGGCAGCUGCUAUCUGUUCGCAUGCGGGCCGCCAGAGGACUUCCGCUGCAAAUUCACAGCGCACGGCAACUUUAGCAGCGGUGUGCUGGCUCUCAGCCGCCGCCUGGCCGAGUUGCAGGACCAAGAGCGCCUCGCCCACCACGAGCGGGAGCUUGCCAACCUGAGAAACCCAACGAGCACGAGCACUGCGGCGCCUGUGGCGACGCCUGCGGCCCCACAACAGCCGCCACAGCAGCGGCAGUCACCACAGCAGCGGCAGCCACCACAGCCACUACCACAGCAGCCACAAGUGCCGCCGCUGCCACAGUUGUCGCAUCAGCUGCCGCAGCAGACGCUACCACCACAGCCGCAGCAACAACCACCCCCUCCAACCGGACGGUGCAGCCGGUACCAGUUUGAGUGCCGGCGCGGUGGCGAGUGCAUCGCGGUGUACAACGCGUGCGACGGAGUGCCGCAGUGCGCGGACGGCAGCGACGAGGCUCCCGAGCUGGGCUGCCCCGCGCCGAACACGCCCGCCGCCCCGCCGCACGCCCCGCCGCCAGCCGCCCCGCUGCCCGCCACCGACCCGCCACCGCCACCACCUCCGCAGCCGCACCAACAGCAACCACAGCCGCCGCCGCAGGUGGUACCUGACGUGCAGCGCGUGCGAGGCGCACAAAGUGCACCGAGUAUGCACGACUACAGUGUGCCGGGCGCGCAAGGCAUCGCUGCGGAGGGGGUGGGCGUGGAGGCUGAGGCGAGUGAGGGCUCGGGUGAGCUGUGGCCACGCCGGCUGGCACAGGCACAGCAUCGCUACACGGGGCUGGCGGGCGAGGGCAGCGCGCCGCACAUCUUCAGCCACCAGGGCGGCCUGCUGCAGGCCGCCUGGCCGCACCGCGCCUGGCCGCCCGAGCCGCCGCGCAACGAAGUGGACAAUAUAGACAACAUGGGCGGCCUGGGCGGCAUGGGCGCGGGGAGCGCGGGCGGGGGGCGCGGCGUGGGGCGGGGCGGGCUACUCGCGCCUGGAGCCGUGGCCGGACGAGCGUCGCGCCUGGCCCGUGCCGCCGCGCACGCACCCCGAUAUGGCGGUGGUUUCGAUCUGAGCGGCGAGCGACGCGGGGAGCAGAGCGGUGAGCUGAGUGGAGAACUGAGCGGUGAGCGACGUGGGGACCUGAGUGGUGAGAGGCGCGGGGAGCUGAGCAACGAUCGGCGAGGAGAGCUGAGCCGCAAGCAGGCACACGUCGCGUCUGCGACGGCCGUUCCGCCCGCCGCCGCGCACGCUCCGUCCGUACACUUAAGCAAGCCGGAAUUAUUAGAAGACGCUACUAAAAAGAAGACUUUGAAACCCCCGGCGGCGGAGCGCGUGGUGGCGGUGGAAGCAACGCCGGCGCCGUGGGGCGACGAGCACGACGGGCCCAGCGAGCACCCGCCGGUCGCCGUACUACUGCUGGUGCUAGGGUCGCUGAUGACGGUGAGCCUGGGCGUGCUGGUGGCGUGCCGCGCGCGCGCCGCCGCCGCCGCCGCGCGCCGCGCCUCGCCAUGGACGCCGACUACCUCGUCAACGGCAUGUACCUGUAGACCUGCACCUGCCGCAUCAGGAACUCCUUUAACAGAGCACGUAAUGAGGGCUCAUAAUGUCGCCAUGUGGGACUGGGCUCAACUUAUUAUGGAAACGGUCACACAGUGUCGUCAUCAUUGA